AUGGCGGCGCCGACUAAUCCCUUGGAGGGGGCCUACGGGUGUAUAUGCUCCGCGGAACAGCCACGCUCACCAGCCGCAGUACCAGGAAAGGGGCGAGAAGACCCAGCUCAGUACAAUCCGGACGAGUCCGUUGCAACGACGACCAUCAAUAGCGAAGUUAAGCCCGCCUCAGUGUUCUUAGUCAAAAUCCACGCCCCGUCACUAUCAAUGGGCCCGGGGUGGGUGGAUGUUCAAGUCCAAGUCCACAUGCAUUUCUUAGACGCAGAUCGUUCUUGCGCAAUGAUUCAGCCGGCCGGCACGGGGAAAGCGAAGCGCACAGUCCCAGGUACGUCAACGGACUUGCCACAGGAGCCAAACGGCCUGUUCGAGACUCCACUACCGGAUCCCGUAGAUUGA